AUAACUUUUUCAGAAAUAAUUAUUCAUUAAUUUAUUUAAUCUUAACCAACGUCGAAGAAGUGAAAACACCGCAAAACGCUUGGCAAUGAUUAUCCUUUUGCUUGCGAAUGUUUUAUACCGUACACUGUACAGUGUUCUCUAUGCCAUUUGACCCCGUGUCCUCGGUGUUAAUAGAUAAUGAUACUUCUGUUAUCUGUAAUAAAAUAAACGUUCCUUUUAUAGAAAUUUCUCCGACUUGUUAUUUCAAUCUUUAUUAAAUUUAAAUAUGGCAGCAGCAGCAGAAAUAGAAAGUUUUGACAAAUUAGUAUUUAAUGCUCUUUCUGGACCUGAAUUAGAAGAGUUUAAUCGAAUUUAUUAUGGUAGAUCAAAUCAUCAUGCACUGCCAAUAAAAGUAUCAACAACAGAAUGUGCUAAAGAGAAUAAUUUUGAAGUUGCUGCCUAUGAUUUCCCUGCUAUAAAAGAAGAAUUUAGAAGCUCUCGUGUUGUUAGAGUUGGUAUAAUUCAGCAUUCAAUAGUUGAGUCCACCGACAAACCUAUUGUCGAGCAGCGACAGGGCAUUUUUGAAAAAAUAAAAAGAAUUAUAGUAGCUGCAGCAAACGAAGGAGUUAAUAUUUUAUGUUUACAAGAAUGUUGGAAUAUGCCUUUUGCAUUUUGCACAAGAGAAAAACAACCGUGGUGUGAAUUCGCUGAAUCAGCACAUGAAGGACCCAGUACCCAAUUUCUUAGAGAAUUUGCUGUCAAGUAUGGCAUGGUAUUUAUUUCUCCUAUAUUAGAGCGUGAUGAAAGCCACGGGGAUACAAUAUGGAAUACUGCUGUUAUUAUAGACGACCAAGGAAAAAUUAUAGGCAAACACAGAAAAAAUCACAUCCCUAGAGUUGGUGAUUUUAAUGAAUCUACAUAUUAUAUGGAAGGAAAUACAGGUCAUCCAGUGUUUGAAACAAAAUUUGGAAAGAUUGCAGUCAAUAUUUGCUAUGGAAGACAUCAUCCAUUAAAUUGGCUGCUGUUUGGCAUUAAUGGUGCUGAAAUUGUAUUCAAUCCAUCAGCCACAGUGGCAGGACUCAGUGAACAUUUGUGGGCCGUUGAAGCUCGUAAUGCAGCUAUAGCUAACAGUUAUUUUACUUGUUCUAUAAACAGAGUAGGUUCUGAGAAGUUUCCUAACGAAUUUACAUCAGGCGAUGGAAAGCCUGCCCAUAAGGAGUUUGGGCAUUUCUAUGGUUCUAGCUAUGUCACUGCACCAGAUGGGUGUCGUACCCCUGGAAUGUCUAGAGUAAAUGAUGGAUUAUUGAUAGCACAAAUGGAUCUUAAUCUGUGCCGUCAAGCUAAAGACAAGUGGGGUUUCACUAUGACCCAAAGAUUAGAGUUAUAUGCAAAGAGCCUCAAUAAUGUUGUGAAAUCAGAUUAUGAGCGUCAAAUAAUUAAUAAGAAUUAAAAAUUUCUCAUAUAAUGUUUACUGGUUAUGUUUAAGAUUUCUAACUCAUGUUGUAACAAAUUAUAUUGCAUUGUUAUACUUGUUUUAUAAUUUUUUUUAAAUCAUAUUUGUAUAAAGAAUCAAUUUCUUAAAUAAAUUUUGUUGAAAAAAAUAUUCAUUUUAUUAUUUAAAAAUUUCAUGUAUAUAUAAAAGGAAUUUAAUAGGGUUUGAUGAAAUAAAACAACAAAUUAAAAAGUUUGUGUACCAAUGAGAAUAAUACAGAAGUGAGCUAUACAUAUGGGGGUUAAUGUAGGGUACAUCCAGAAUUUCAAUUCAAUGUUGUUCCAGCAACCAAAAUAAACAAAAAAUUUGAGACCACAUAAUACUUCAUAUAUAUGGAGUUAAUCACUCAAUUUACAUCAGUAAAAUAUAUUAAUACAACAAGUAAAUAUAUGUAUCCGCAGUAACAAAAUGUCAUAAUA